UUUCUCUGCAGGUGGAUAUCGUUCCCAGCCAAGGGGAGAUCAGCGUUGGAGAGUCCAAAUUCUUCUUGUGCCAAGUGGCAGGAGAUGCCAAAGACAAGGAUAUCUCCUGGUUCUCCCCCAAUGGAGAGAAGCUCAGCCCAAACCAGCAGCGGAUCUCGGUGGUGUGGAAUGACGACUCCUCUUCCACCCUCACCAUCUACAACGCCAACAUCGAUGACGCAGGCAUCUACAAGUGUGUGGUCACGGGCGAAGAUGGCAGCGAGUCUGAGGCCACUGUCAACGUGAAGAUCUUCCAGAAGCUCAUGUUCAAGAACGCACCAACCCCACAGGAGUUCAGAGAGGGAGAGGAUGCCGUGAUCGUGUGUGACGUGGUCAGCUCUCUACCCCCAACCAUCAUCUGGAAACACAAAGGCCGAGAUGUCAUCCUGAAGAAAGAUGUCCGAUUCAUAGUCCUGUCCAACAACUACCUGCAGAUCCGGGGUAUCAAGAAAACGGAUGAGGGCACUUAUCGCUGUGAGGGCAGGAUCCUGGCACGGGGGGAGAUCAACUUCAAGGACAUUCAGGUUAUUGUGAAUGUGCCACCCACUGUCCAUGCCAGGCAGAGCAUUGUGAAUGCCACCGCCAAUCUGGGCCAAUCGGUCACCCUGGGGUGUGAUGCAGACGGCUUCCCAGAACCCACGAUGAGCUGGACAAAGGAUGGGGAACUGAUAGAGAAUGAGGAGGACGAAGAGAAGUACAUCUUCAGUGACGACAGUACCGAGCUGACCAUCAGGAAGGUGGAUAAGAAUGAUGAGGCUGAGUAUGUCUGCAUUGCUGAAAACAAGGCUGGCGAACAGGAUGCAUCCAUCCACCUCAAAGUCUUUGCAAAACCCAAAAUCACAUAUGUAGAGAACCAGACUGCCAUGGAACUGGAGGAGCAGGUGACUCUCACCUGUGAAGCCUCCGGAGACCCCAUUCCCUCCAUCACCUGGAGGACUUCCACCCGAAACAUCAGCAGCGAAGAAAAGACUCUGGACGGGCACAUGGUGGUGCGUAGCCACGCCCGCGUGUCAUCCCUGACCCUGAAGAGCAUCCAGUACACGGACGCCGGCGAGUACAUCUGCACGGCCAGCAAUACCAUCGGCCAGGACUCGCAGUCCAUGUACCUCGAAGUGCAAUAUGCCCCCAAGCUACAGGGUCCUGUGGCAGUGUACACAUGGGAGGGGAAUCAGGUGAACAUCACCUGCGAGGUCUUUGCUUACCCCAGUGCUACGAUCUCCUGGUUCCGAGACGGUCAGUUACUGCCGAGCUCCAACUAUAGCAAUAUCAAGAUCUACAACACCCCCUCAGCCAGCUAUCUGGAGGUGACCCCAGACUCUGAAAAUGAUUUUGGAAACUACAACUGUACUGCAGUGAACCGCAUUGGACAGGAAUCCUUAGAAUUCAUCCUUGUUCAAGCAGACACCCCAUCUUCACCCUCCAUCGAUGGAGUGGAACCAUACUCCAGUACAGCACAGGUGCAGUUUGAUGAGCCAGAGGCCACAGGUGGAGUCCCCAUCCUCAAAUACAAGGCUGAGUGGAGAGCGCUGGGUGAAGAAGUGUGGCACUUCAAGUGGUACGAUGCCAAGGAAGCCAACAUGGAGGGUGUUGUCACCAUCGUGGGCCUGAAGCCUGAGACAUCCUACGCUGUGCGAUUGGCAGCCCUCAACGGCAAGGGGCUGGGUGAGAUCAGCGCAGCCUCUGAGUUCAAGACACAGCCAGUCCAUAGCCCUCCUUCACUGGCUCCUGCUGGCUCUUCUACCUUUGUUCCAUUGUCUUCGCCAGCUAAAGGGGAACCCAGUGCACCAAAGCUCGAAGGGCAGAUGGGCGAGGACGGGAACUCCAUAAAGGUGAACCUGAUCAAGCAGGACGAUGGUGGCUCUCCCAUCAGGCACUACCUCGUCAAGUACCGAGCGCUCUCCUCCGAAUGGAAACCAGAGAUCCGGCUCCCCUCUGGCAGUGAUCACAUCAUGCUCAAGGCCCUCGAAUGGAAUGCUGAGUAUGAAGUCUAUGUGGUGGCCGAGAACCAGCAAGGAAAAUCCAAGGCGGCUCACUUUGUGUUCAGGACCUCGGCACAGCCCACGGCCAUCCCAGCCAACGGCAGCCCCACCUCGGGCCUGAGCACCGGAGCCAUCGUGGGCAUCCUCAUCGUCAUCUUUGUCCUGCUCCUGGUCGUGGUGGACAUUACCUGCUACUUCCUGAACAAGUGUGGCCUGCUCAUGUGCAUUGCCGUCAACCUGUGCGGAAAGGCCGGACCUGGGGCCAAGGGCAAGGACAUGGAGGAGGGCAAGGCCGCCUUCUCGAAAGAUGAAUCCAAGGAACCCAUCGUGGAAGUUCGAACAGAAGAGGAGCGGACCCCAAACCACGACGGGGGGAAACACACAGAGCCCAAUGAGACCACGCCACUGACAGAGCCUGAGAAGGGCCCAGUAGAAGCAAAGUCGGAAAGCCAGGAGUCAGAAGCAAAGCCAGCGCCAGCCGAAGCCAAGACGGUCCCCAAUGACACCACACAAACAAAGGAAAAUGAAAGCAAAGCGUGAUCGGUGCCAGGAAAAGUGACACAGCGGCUUCACCAGAGCAUUUCCCAAUGUCACACACACACUCACACACACACAUGCGUGUGCACAUGCGCACACACACA